AUGACUAAAGCUGAGCAAAUUGUCCAAAAUCGAGAGAAGAAGACCAUGCGUAAAUUGGAAAUUCAAAAACUUUGCUUAAACAUUUGUGUUGGCGAGCCGGGAGAUAGACUUACUCGUGCAGCUAAGGUUCUUGGGCAAUUGACUGGACAAACACCCGUUCUUUCAAGGGCCCGUUAUACCGUACGAGCUUUUGGCAUUCGUUGA